GAGAAAGACCACAGUGAAAAAAGUGAGCUCUUUCUCUGCUCCUGUUCUUUCAUUCAUCGCCCUUUGAUGCAGUUAUUUAUUCUAACAUUCUAUGGUGAUAGGACAAACAACCUGUAAAGACCGAAGUAUCGGGUGACGAGCAGACUAAACCACCCACCGAUUCCAAGGACGAAAAUGACGCAAGGCAGGAGACAGAGGAUAUGACGGAGAUACUAGAAAGGCUGAACCUCGCAGCGGACAAUAACCGUGUUUUCUCGGUCAGCGAAGAGAUGCAGGAGCUUUUGCGCAAGUUCAAGUUGAUUUUCAAGGACUUGAUAAACGGGGUCCCCACUGCUUAUCAUGACCUUGAGAUGCUCCUUACCAACGGUAACACGCAGUUGCAAGGCGCAUACUCUAAGCUCCCAGGGCCUAUACAGAAGCUCAUCGAAAAGCUUCCAGAGCGAUGGACGGAAACUUUGGCACCUGAGAUGAUCGCUGUAGCAAGUGAAAGGGCUGCAAAGAGCGGCGUUAAUAUAGAUAACAUUGGCAAGGCAGCCGCCGCUGCCAAUAAGAUGGGUAUUAAGGUUCCCAGCCUGAAAGAACUGGUUGGGAAACCAGCGGCCAUUGUCGGCAUGCUACGAUCGAUCAUGGCGUUCUUGCGAGCUCGAUUCCCUGCCGUGCUGGGCAUGAAUGUGCUUUGGUCAUUGGCUCUAUCUAUCCUUUUAUUCGUUCUUUGGUACUGCCAUAAACGUGGUCGCGAAGUCCGACUCGAGAACGAACGUCUCGUCACCGAGGAGGAGAUAGAAAAGCUGAACGAGCAGUCUUCGUCUGACGAAAGAAUUCGAACAACUGAGACUCUCACUACAACUGCCCCGCAAGGUGCUUCGGCAGCUGAAAUCCGGGAGGGCGUGAAAGAUGCCCAACAGUCCCGUGAGAGAGCUAUGGCUGCGGCUGAGAGUACACAAUUGGAGAAUAACGAUAUGAAGGAUAAUAACCCCAAACCGACGAGAUCAAAAUCAAUUUUAUCCAUUUGGGGCAGAUCGAGCCAGAAACCAGAACCAGCUACAAAAAUUCAGCCAUACCCGGGAACCUGAUUAUGCCUUCUUGUUUCACCUUUGUUUCGAUUUUGACUUUUUUAUUCGCUCGUUUCGUGUUUGGGCUGGCUACUUGGGGUUAUUGUUCGAUACCACGUUUGUUUACUUCACGAAGCUUGUAUGGUCAUGAUUACAGGAUAACGACACAGAACCGGGCCUUUGGUUUCUUGGUACUUUAAGGAUUUUAGUUUAUGCAGAUGACUAUGACGAUUCCAUGUUAACAACACGAGCAAUAUGACACUGUGAUCUUCUUCAGCCAGUCAGGUAGCACCAGAGUAUGAUGAGUAAUGGGCCUCUGCGCAAAAGGAAAAAAU